CCUCCAGGAGAGAGCGCCUCCAUCAGGUUGGAGUACGUCACUGAGCUGGCUGUGCAGGCUGAUGAUGGUCUGAGGUUCUGUCUGCCUGCUGUGCUCAACCCUCGAUACCAACCUCAGGGUAGUGCAGGUGCAGGUUUCCAGGUCAUUUCUGUUCCAGCCUCUCUGGAGCCCUACAGUCUGUCUUUUUCUGCCCGAGUGUCCUCUCCUCGUCCAAUCUCUAAAGUAGAGUCCAACUGCUCCCUGGACCCUCUGCAGUACCUCAACACUGAUCAAACCCAGGCCACGGUCAAGCUGGCUGCAGGACACAAGUUUGACAGAGAUGUUGAACUGCUGAUUUAUUACAAAGACGCCCACCAGCCCACUGCUGUGGUGGAGGCAGGACAGGCCUCUGCUGAGCCGGGCUCUCUGAUGGAUGAUCCAGUGGUGAUGGUGAGUCUGUACCCUGAGUUCCCCCAGUCUGUGAUGUCUUCAAUGGCUCCAUGUGGAGAGUUUGUGUUCUUAAUGGAUCGAUCUGGAAGUAUGGAAUUUAGGAACCACGGAUUUCCUCACCAGACUCGCAUCCAAAGUGCAAAGGAUACUCUACUGCUCCUGUUGAAGAGUUUACCAAUGGGCUGCUAUUUCAACAUUUACAGUUUCGGGUCCAAAUAUGAACACAUCUUCCCUAAGAGUGUGGAGUACAGCCAGAAGACCAUGGAGGAGGCUCUGAAGAAAGUAAAGAAGAUGAAGGCUAAUCUUAGAGGAACAAAGAUCCUGAAGCCCCUCAAAUAUAUUUACAGCCAGCCCUGCAUUCCCAAUCAGCCUAGACAGCUGUUUGUCUUUACUGAUGGAAAGGUGGGAAACACCAAAGAAGUGAUCGAUCUGGUGAAGAAGAAUUCAGAUUCUCACAGAUGUUUCUCUUUUGGGAUUGGGGAAGGGGCCAGCUCUGCUCUCAUCAAUGGGAUGGCCAAGGAAGGAGGAGGCCACGCUCAGUUCAUCACAGGGACUGACAGGAUGCAACCAAAAGUGAUGCAGUCGCUGCGAUUUGCUCUGCAGCCAGCUGUGGUUGACAUCUCAGUCACAUGGGAUUUACCAAAGGAAGUGUCUGUCACUGUCCUCUCUCCACCAAUCACAACACUUUUCCAGGGUCAGAGGUCACUGAUUUAUGCCCAGCUCACUGGACAGAGCUCAGAGGCAGCAGAGGGCUGUGUGACGCUGAAGUACAGCCUGGCAGGUCAUCGCUCUGAGAACCAGCUGCACUUCAGUCUCAGACCUGCAGAGGACACUGGUCUGAUGGGUGAUCCAGUGGUGAUGGUGAGUCUGUACCCUGAGUUCCCCCAGUCUGUGAUGUCUUCAACGGCUUCAUGUGGAGAGUUUGUGUUCUUAAUCGAUCGAUCUGGAAGUAUGGGAUUUAGGAUCAAAAGAAGGAGUCUUCAGACUUGCAUCCACAGUGCAAAGGACACUCUGCUCCUCCUGUUGAAGAGUUUACCAAUGGGCUGCUAUUUCAACAUUUACAGUUUUGGGUCCAGAUAUGAACACAUCUUCCCUAAGAGUGUGGAGUACAGCCGGCAGACCAUGGAGGAGGCUCUGAAGAAAGUAAAGAAGAUGAAGGCUAAUCUUGGAGAAACAGAGAUCCUUGAGCCCCUCAAACAUAUUUACAGCCAGCCCUGCAUUCUCAAUCAGCCUAGACAGCUGUUUGUCUUAACUCGCGGAUGGGUGAAGAACGUCAAAGAAGUGAUAGAUCUGGUGAAGAAGAAUUCAAGUUCUCACAGGUGUUUCUCUUUUGGGACAGGGCAAAACACCAGCUAUAAUUUCAUUAAUAAGAUAUCCAAGGAAGGAGGAGGUCACGCUCAGUUCAUCACUGCGACUGACAAAAUACAACCAAAAGUGAUGCAGUCACUGCAAUUUGCUCUGCAGCCAUCUGUGAUUGACAUCUCAGUCACAUGGGAUUUACCAAAGGAAGUGUCUAUCACUGUCCUCUCUCCACCAAUCACAUCCAUUCUCCAGGGUCAGAGGUCACUGAUUUAUGCCCAGCUCACUGGACAGAGCUCAGAGGCAGCAGAGGGCUGUGUGACGCUGAAGUACAGCCUGGCAGGUCAUCACUCUGAGAACCAGCUGCACUUCAGUCUCAGACCUGCAGAGGACACUGGAUUAACAGUCCACAUGUUGGCUGCUCGAACUCUGAUUCGCUCCCUCGAGAUGGAAGCAAGAGACAACAAAGGAGAGCGUGAUGAGGAAGUGAAGAAGAAGGUGGAGGAGUUGAGCAUCCAAUCAGGAGUGAGCAGUGCCUUUACUGCCUUUAUUGCUGUUAGUAAAAGCAGUGGUGAGGCGAUACAAGGACCCCUGAUACCACCACCCACUUUAAAACAGUGUAAUUUGGUGGAUUCCUGUGAGAGUCAGCCAAGCGCCAGUAAGGCUAAAUUAACAGUCCACAUGUUGGCUGCUCGAACUCUGAUUCGCUCCCUCGAGAUGGAAGCAAGAGACAACAAAGGAGAGCGUGAUGAGGAAGUGAAGAAGAAGGUGGAGGAGUUGAGCAUCCAAUCAGGAGUGAGCAGUGCCUUUACUGCCUUUAUUGCUGUUAGUAAAAGCAGUGGUGAGGCGAUACAAGGACCCCUGAUACCACCACCCACUUUAAAACAGUGUAAUUUGGUGGAUUCCUGUGAGAGUCAGCCAAGCGCCAGGAUUUCUGUAACGGAGAAACUGAGAUCAGCCUUCGGCUGCAUUAACUGCCACUUCAAGCAUGCUCAAAGCUGCUCACCUCAGAGGAAGGCCACCGAGUCUGAGCUGUCAGUCAAAGACCCUUUGCUGCAGCUGGUUUCCCUGCUGGAAGCCUCUGGAUGCUGGUUAUUGACGCCAGCUUUGGCCUCUGUGCUGGGGAAGACCAGCAAGCAGGUGGCAAACCUGAAACCUGCAUCGGCCAGCAGUGAAGUGUGGGCCACCAUUCUGGCUCUGAUCUGGCUUCAUGGUUUCAAGAUGGAUGCAAAGGACGAGUGGGAGCUUCUGGCUGUGAAGGCUGCCUCAUGGCUCCGUGCUCAGAAUGCGACGUGUGUGACAGAGUGUGUGGAGGCCGGUAAUGCGCUGCUGGGUUGCAGAGUAACGAAAGAUGCUUUGGGGCUCUGAAGUUGCUCCUCCUUCAGAAUUCAACUUUAUGUAUUGCAUAUUAUCAGUGUUCACUAGAACCACAGACGGUAACUUUUUAAUGGGCAGCGGGGGGUGACUCCUCUGGUUGCAGAAAGAAGUCGUUGUAUGCCUACGGGUAAACAUCUUUGUUGUUUGCGGUAUAAGUUUACACUUUCAUAGAGGGGUUUGUCUUUCUGAAUGCAGCAUGAUGUUCAUUCACUAAAUUCUGUUCCUGAUUAGAAUCAAAAAGGAGAAAAUCACCUUGUGAUGUGCCAUGUUUCUGCCAGUGGUGGAAAUACUCAGCUCGAUGCUUCACAUAACUAAUGCCUAAUGUAAUGGUUGCUACAGUUUAUGCAUACAAACUAAAACAUUCUGCACAAUUGUUUUUUAUUUUAUUUUCUCCAAUUGUCCCUGAGAGGCAUGUGAGUGAGUGAUCAGCUAUAUCUCAUCUAUUCAGUUCAGUUUUAUUUCUAUAGCGCCAAAUCACAACAGCAGUCAUCUCAAAGCACUUUACAUUGUGGGGUAAACGCCCUACAAUAAUACAGAGAAAACAGAGUCUUUGAGAUGCUUUGUGCUUUCUGUGACACUCGCCUGCGAUGCUUAGCUGAACCAAUUAUCAGUUCAUGCACUUAAAUAUAAGGGCAACACUAAUUGUUAGAGCAUGUGUUUGCUUUUCCUGUGUUGAUAUAGUAAUAAAGAUAAAUGUCUGAUCUCUAAUUGAUGGCUUCUCUGGACGUGUUGAUGUCUGUUGUAUUUAUCUUAUCUUUCAUUAUUCUGUGCUUGUUCAUCAGUGUGCGCAUGUGAAUUUGUAACUGAGUUUACUGUGCAUUUGAUAAAGAUCCUCAACCCAAA